UUUACUUUUCUCGCAAGUUGAGUUUGUGGAUGUCUCUAAACUUGACCAUUACAUUUUUCUGUCCUUUCUAUUUGGUCCUAGUACGAAUCUUAUUUCCUUCCUCGCAUCACCAGGCCAACUAGCAUUCUACCUUUGUCUCUUUAAAUAACCCAAGCUAGCCAUACUACGAGCCCUGCUCGGAAGGUGAAAUAUACGCAAACCUUGUUACGUUCUGUCGAGAGGUUAUUUCCGUGAAGACGAUCUAACAUAUAUUUUGUGUAAUAAUAUAUGUCCCUCUGCAUAUAAUGCUGGAUAGCGCAUUUGACUAUUUUGUAUAAGCUUGCGUAGUUGUGUUUUGUUUUUGAUUUGGAGAAUGAAAGCUCGGAGAGGAAAGCGCUCGGAGGCCUUUUGGCCGUCAAUUGUGAUGAAGAAAUGGCUUAAUAUUAAACCGAAAGUGCAUGAGUUCAGUGAAGAUGAAGUGGAUACUGAAACUGAGAGCGAGGAUGAUGCAUGCUCAUUUAAAGAUAUGCCGCGGCAUGUUGCUCAGGAUCUCCCCCGUGCAAGACAGGGGAACUUCUCUGAGUCGCGGUGUCAGACUUCAGGGACGCCAUUAAAAAGUUCUUACAAGAAACAUAGGAGAGGGAAUUCGUUGACUCUGCGUGCUCAGUAUAUUGUUACAAAAGAUUUGAGGGUGACUAUAGGUACUUGGAAUGUUGCUGGAAGACCUCCAACUGAUGAUCUAGAUAUUGAUGAGUGGAUUUGCAUGGAAGAGCCAUCUGAUAUCUAUAUUCUCGGGUUCCAAGAAGUGGUUCCUUUAAGUGCUGGAAAUGUUCUUGGAGCAGAGACAAGAAGACCAAUCCUACAGUGGGAGUCUGUCAUUCGAAGAACUUUGAAUAAAUCUUUCGAACCAGACACCAGACACAAAAGCUACAGCGCCCCACCGUCUCCAGUAUUGAGGACAUCCUCUGCCGCUGAUCUCCUUGCUGAAGUUGAUGGUACUUCUGCACUAGCGUUGAUAGCUGAGGAGUCCUUAAGCAUUGGUAAAGCAAGUGAUUCAGAAAGCCAGAAGCUCCAAGGGAUAAUUGGUCUGGGAAAGAAAUUUAAUUUAAAAAGAACUCAUAGCAUUGAUCGAUAUACCAGACUAGAUUGGCCUGAGCGUCCACUGGAUGGAACAUCUCAAGUUCUCUCUUCUAGUUCUAAACUGCGAAGAGUAUUUAGCAGUUCAGCUAGAGUCGGUUCUGACUGGACCGAGAGCGCUCAUAUCUUCAGUUCUCAAAAUGUGCUCGGGCAUGCUGGAUUGAGAAGGGUACACCAUAGCUCUGGAAACCUUGGAUUGAUGUGGAUGGAACAGGAUGAACAAUCUGAAGUCUGUGAUUCCGUUGAUGAUGUUUUAGAUCAAUGUCCCAAGGAGGAAGAAAAUUCUUUUGAUGUGUCUGAACUGGAAUAUGAAAAUGCACUUCUUGAAGAUGGAGUAAAUUCACGUCUUAAGUAUGUCCGAAUUGUAAGCAAGCAAAUGGUAGGAAUUUACAUUUCUGUCUGGGUCCGUCGAAGAUUGAGAAGACAUAUAAAUAACUUGGAAGUCGCACCUGUAGGAGUGGGACUUAUGGGCUACAUGGGAAACAAGGGAUCGGUGUCUGUUAGUAUGUCUCUUUUUCAGACGCGGCUGUGCUUUGUGUGUUCCCAUUUGACCUCUGGUCACAAAGAAGGUUAUGAACAAAGGCGCAACUCUGAUGUGUAUGAAAUCAUAAGACGCACUCAAUUCUCAUCUGCUUUCGAAGCUAACAAACCACUGACAAUUCCAUCCCAUGAUCAGGUGUUCUGGUUUGGAGACUUAAAUUAUCGUAUAAAUAUGCCAGACUCAGAUGUAAGAAAACUUGUUGGCAAGAAGAAGUGGGAUGAACUCCUCGAAAGCGAUCAGCUAACCAAUGAACUACGGGACGGGGUGUUUGAUGGAUGGAAAGAGGGGGUAAUAAGCUUUCCGCCUACUUACAAAUAUGGAAUCAACUCUGAUGUAUAUGUUGGUGAAAAUCCAAAAGAAGGGGAAAAGAAAAGAUCUCCAGCAUGGUGCGAUCGUAUACUUUGGUUAGGUAAAGGCAUAAAGCAGCUAUCCUACAACCGAGCAGAAAUGUGGCUCUCAGACCACCGGCCUGUGAGUUCAACCUUCUUGAUAACAGUUGAAGUAUUUGAUCAGCGGAAGCUUCAAAAGGCCCUUAAUGUUACUAGUGCAGUCGUACACCCCGAGAUCUUCGAAGAGGAAGAUUGGGAGUAAGAAUUGCAGGCACCUGGUUGACCCCCGAAUUCAUAAUACACAAGGAGAUAAUAUUAGGGGCUCAAUUAGACGAAAAACGUGAUCCUCUCAGUACGACUCUGUUGCAUGGUUGUACUCUAUGCAUAAGGCUGCCGUAUCAACAUGGUUGGAGAAGAUCAUGUGUGGCUCUAGCAUGAUAGCAUCAUUGCAGGCGAAUACACAUUUUAUUAUGAUUUUUGGGGCUCUGGUUUACGAAAAAUCAUCAGCAGGAAUGUAAAUUUUGAUAGAAUGUAUAGAGUAGUCUGAAUCGAAAGUAAUGUGAUAUAUCAUAGAUUUAUAAUUUAUUGUCUUGUAAGUUGGACCUCGCAACUUCUAUGAUACAGAGUGUAUUUUAUAAGAAUGGGGUGAAUCUUUAGCUUUGUAAAUGACCCUGGUAACUGUGUUGUCCUUUAUUUGUAUGUAAUGCAGAUUUCUCUUAA